AUGUUGUUGACUGGACGUUAGUGAUGGCGGCGGCCCGCAAACGGAGACAUGAAGCCGGCGACAGGAGCUCGUCCGCCGGGAGGGCAGCCUCCUCCAGGAGCAAGAGAGACACGUCCUCCGGCGACGGUCCCACCGUGCUGGUGAAGCUGCUGGCGGCGGCGUUCUACGGAGUGAGCUCGUUCUUCAUCGUGGUCGUCAACAAGAGCGUCCUCACCAGCUACAGAUUUCCGUCAUCAACAUGUGUCGGAAUCGGCCAGAUGCUGGCUACUGUGGUAGUUCUGAGGACCGGGAAGAUGUUGGGCGUGAUCUCGUUUCCAGACAUGGAUCGGAGUAUACCACGCAAGAUGUUCCCGCUGCCUCUUUUAUACGUCGGGAAUCAAAUAUCAGGACUGUUCGGGACACAGCGACUCAAUUUGCCGAUGUUCACAGUCCUGAGGAGGUUCAGUAUUUUUCUCACUAUGGUGUUUGAGGGCAUCUUGCUGAAGAAAACGUUCUCCACGUCCAUUAAGAUGACAGUGUUCACCAUGAUCUUCGGUGCUUUCAUUGCUGCCAGCGCCGACUUAGCGUUCGACCUUGAAGGAUAUGUCUUCAUCAUGCUGAACAACGCUCUGACGGCGGCCAGCGGGGCGUACGUGAAGCAGAAACUGGACUCCAAGGAGCUGGGCAAGUACGGGUUGCUCUACUACAACGCCCUCAUCAUGAUCGGCCCCACGGUGGCAUACGCUUACUACUCGGGGGACCUGCAAACGGGGUUGGAGUAUAGCGGCUGGUCCGAUCAGCUGUUCGUGGUGCAGUUUGUGCUCUCCUGCAUCAUGGGGUUUGUUCUGAUGUACUCCAUCAUGCUGUGCACGCAGUACAACUCGGCGCUCACCACCUCCAUCAUCGGCUGCAUUAAGAACAUUCUCGUCACUUACAUCGGGAUGGUGUUCGGUGGAGACUACAUAUUCACCUGGACUAACUUUCUAGGUCUUAACAUCAGUAUUGCUGGCAGCCUGGUGUACUCCUACAUCACCUUCACCCAGGAGCAAACAAAAAAGGCGUAAAUCAUGGCGUCGACGCUGAAGAAUCGCAUCCAGUGGAUUUAUUUUUAAAUCUAAACACUUGAGUUUUGAUGGAAAUGUAUUUUCUGAUGCAAUGCAAUCAACUUUUUUACUAAUGAUGAAGAUAAAAUAUGCUCAUUUUUAUAAUUUUUUUUACUGAUUGAAUGUAAUGGCACUGAUAUUUUUAUAUGAGAAAUCAAUAAAAUGAAGAUUAUUUUGA